UGUUGAUUUUUGUGUAUUAGUUUUUCCAGCAUUAGGAAAUUAGCUCUCCAAGGAGUGUUUUCCCAUGAAUUAUGUUUCCUUAAAGAAAUACGUGUAUGCACUACCUUUAUAGGUUAUAUUUAAUGAAAUGGCUUUUCUGUUUUGCAGGUAGCUUUCAGUGUGUAUUUUGUGUAACCCUGAGUGACUGGAUGUUGGUGAUGGGAUAGCCCCACCUUUUGGUUAAUCCUUCAUUGAAAUUAUACUUAUGACCAAAGAGUUUUUCUGGAAAUUAUACCUCAUGCUGUGUGUUGUGAGUGCAAGUCUGUGUUGGAAUAUCUUUUAAUGUCUUGGGCUGGGGAGUGACAAAAUAAUCUCCCUUCCUGAGACUUUCCUAUUUAAUGUCAAGAUAAUUUUAACACGUAGUUUCUGAUGUUUCAGUUGACUACUCUGAUUUUUUUAAUGCCAGUAUAAAUUAAGCAAAAUACCUUUUUUUUUUUAAAAAAAAAAAGUUUCAUUUAAAAAAAGGAUUCUGUCUUUAUUUUUUUUUUCAAAAAGGGUGGAAAUUAUCUUAAACCAAGAAGUAGUCCUGGUGUGUGAAGUGACAUCUGAUACAUGUUUGUGUGAAGCGAUAUCUGAUCUCAGGCUUAGCUUUCAGUUCAGGUGUUGGAGGUGGCAGUGCUCAUAUUUUAGUUUUCAUGUCCAAGAACUUCACAGAUUAUUUUCCAAAUUUAUGGUUUUGAGCUUGAAAAAUAUUCGGUUGUCUUGGCAGAUGAUUUGUAUUAGUUAUCAUACUGCUGCUAGGAGCAACUUCCCUGAAAUUACGUGUAAGAAGCUACAUGUAAGGAGAAAAAGGUGAAGGGUUCUCUGAAGUCCUUUUAGCUUACAGGAGGAGUUUGCUAUUUCACCUUGCAUUUAGGUUUUAGUUUAGGAAAGACAUUCAGCUUUUCACUCAACAGCUUGUCAGCAGUGUGUCACAUGAUUAGAAACUUUGCAGUCUUUAAAAUUCAUGGUGAUACUCUGCUAGACACAGUUGGGGAUCACCUGUUUUUUGGCUCUUGAUAUGUUAUUUGAAACGUCUCCUUGAAUUCCAGUAUCUGCGGGCUGCUUGCUCUUAGGAGAUUGCUCCUGUGGUACAAAUUGCUAAUGUUCAAAGGCACUGAGUGCUAAUCAAGUCACCCUGGCUCUGGAGUAUAACUGCAGUAAUUGAAGUGUUGAAACUCCUUGAAGAACUUAGAGGGGAAGUCAGGUUUCUUGGAGUGAGUGUGAGAGUGCUGAACAAGGCAGCUGCUUGUGUGAGUGCUUAGGAGAGAUUUAUAACAGCGGUGUAUCUCUGGGUAUGUUUUCAGGCCCUGACACUAUCCACAGCUUAACUGUCCAAUAUCCUGUGCUAAGCAUCAAGAAGAUUAUGAACUAUCCAGUGUGUGUCCUGGAUACAUGGAUGAUUCAGCAUGGUUUCCAUUUGGAAAUGCAGUAACCAUAGAAAGACUGGAAGUAGCAGAGAGGAGGGAGCGCCUAAACAUCCGUCCUUUCUUUUGCAACAGCUGCAGAGCCAACAAUCCUGAAAAUGUCACCCUAAAACAUUUAAUAUAUUACAAGGCACAUAAAAAACUUCCACUACAUCCUUUAUAAAUCUUAAAAUUACUGAGAAACAGGGUGCCCAGGGGUUGCAUACUUGAGGAUUUCAAGAUAGUGUACACCUGAAGAGUGCUUGGACAAAGCUAAGACACCUGUUAACUUGAGUCAAGCUGGAAUUCUUGUGAAAAGUUAAGCAUUUUCUUCCUGGCUGCUGGGAAAAGAUUCUGCUUUCAGUUGUCAGAGAUGGUGAUUUGAAGAAUCAUAUUUCCAAUAUGAACAAAGCAAAAGCAUCAUCUGAAAAAAGUAACACAGCUGGUGCCUCCUCGGAGCGACCACCAAUGAAGGAACCCUUGGGCUUUUAUGCCUUCAGAGUCCAAGCACAGUCCAAGGAAAGUCUCAUCUCUUCCUCCUGAGUCUUUGGCUCCAGCUGUGUCUUUGUGUCUGGUCACCACAAAAGUCUGGCUACAGUCUUCAGGAUAUUCAUUUGAGGUUCUGCAAUGUUGGCAGCUUGAGAGAAAACGUACUUCGGACAGGGCAGAGUUCAUUCUGACUGUUUCUUGUUUUGGGAUUGAAAAUACUGAAUUCCAUGGUGCCUCUCCAUUUUGGAGAACUGUCUUCUAGACUUGGAUGCUGAAGGAUUCAUUGGUCAAAACAUAUGUGUUUACAUUACAGAUAGGAGAGAGUCUCAUUACAACUUGUGCUUUCAUUUUGUUCUGAGGUCAAGUGGGUGGUCACAGCAAUAUUACUGACUCUGCUGCUAUAUGUCUGGCUGGCUGCUGUAAUUCUUGUCCUGUGGUCUUUUUCAUGUACUGUGCAGGCAUUGAAAACUGUCAAAUAGUUUUAUAACCACUAUGUAGAUUAGUGCAGAAUGUUGGUAAAUAAGAGUAUAAUUCUUUUUUAAGAAGAAAACUCAGCCAUAAUGAAGAGGAAAUCAAGACUUUAUUUGCAUUUCAGUGUUGGCUGGUGUUAAUUUUUAGGGAUGCUUUAUUGUGUAUGCUGAAGACAUGAAACAUAGAUAGCUGUAUUUAUGUUGGAAGACUUUAUACAAGAUGAAUAGCCUUAAACCAUUUUAAAGAUAUCUCUGCUGUAAUAAGCAGUUAUCGCUGUUGGUAGAAACUCUGUCCCCAGGAGGAGAUUAUAACUCUAAAUCUCAGAACUUAAGUUGUUAUACCACCCAAUACUGAGAAUUAUUUACCCUACCUAAACCUUUUAAAGCUUUUAUUAACUAUGGAGAAAUUGUGUUAGAUGCCAGCUUCUUGUAAAUGGUAAAUUGCUUCCAUAUGUCAGUGUUGCUUGAGUUUACCAGGCUGCAGCAGUAAAAAAUCAGGUUUGCUCUGACAUUUUAAUGCCUAUAAGUGAAUUCUAUCUUUGCAAAAACUUUUUUUAAAAAAUUGUUGUUAUUAUUGUUGUUAUUGUUACUGCUAUUAUUACUAUUAUUAUUAUUAUUUCAUAUUCCUGAGCAUCAGCUUUGCUUUCUUGGAUUGUUUUCAUCUUUCAAAAUACAUUAAUUUUAUUGUGCGACCAAUGGUGUACCACAAUGGAAGUGAUAUGCAUGCACACAUGCACAUAUGAGUUGAAGCAGCAAUUCUCUUACACAUAGGCUUACCUGUGGAUUGGCUGGACUCCACCAGAUUGUGGAGCUGGUGAAGAUAACAUCCUAUAUAACUUGAUCAGUCUGUGUAUUGGAUCAACAGAGCUUGUGGAUUUCAUUACAAUCUUGUGUCCAUUUUGGAGCAUUUCAAGUUCAAUGGAUAAAUGGAGAAGCAGAAAUAAGCAAAACAAAGCUUAUGCAAAUAAUAAUGGGUUUAUACUAUUCAGCAUGGUGUUAGAUGAUGAGAAAGGAUUGGAGUGAUUAUGCUUUACUUACACAAGGAAAUUAAUGUUUCAGCACCCAAGACAGAUUUAAUUUAGAUUAAAAAUAAUUAAAUUUUAGUAAUUAAUUAAAAAUUAAUAAUUAAAUUUUAAAAAAUUAAAUCCAAGUGUAGCAAAUACCUGAGAAGGUGAUAGGCUUACUUCACAAUAUAAAAUUACUAUUACUCCUAUUUAAGAGCUAUAAUUAAUAUAACCAUUUCUUGUACUUACCAGCUUGUAAGUAUCAUCUGUAAUCUGAAAUUGAUUUUUGACUAGCUUCUCAUUUAGAUGUCUGUGUGGAAAAGUGAGAGUGGUGGAAGCAGUUUCCUGGGCAGUUCUCACAUCAGUUUGCCUUCUUGGCAGUAUAACUUUUGCCCUGAACUGACUUUUCCCCAUAAUUUUAACAUUUUAGUAGAGUUAACUGUAAGUGUGCAACCUUUACACAGAUGUAAGAUAUAAAUCAAGGAGUAAUAAUUCCUCAUUGUUAUAAACAAAACUGACUGACUAUUCAUAGCUAGUAUCGUAGACUUUAAUUGUAUUGUAGAUAAAUGCAAUGUGUGUGAAAAAUGAAUUAUUGUUGAUUAUUGUAGGACUCUAAUGUUAUGAAUGAAAAGCCAAGGUAGUUAAUGCAUGGAAGUCAUAGUUUCCUGUAGUUCAUUGCAUGACUACAAUUAAAAUGUUAAACAUCUGUUUAAAAAUUACUGUCAUGUAGGAAUGUGAAUCUCAAAACUAUUCUGAAUAAUUUUUAUGACCUAAAAGUAUUGAACAAAUAAAACAGUUUCUAUACUGACUCUGUUUAGAAUAAACACUUAGAGCAAUUCUUUCUUUCUACUUACCUAUAUGAAUGCCUGGACUGAAGUGGUGUCUUACACUAAAAUACAUUUUCAAGGCAAUGUUUUGGUGGCAGGACUCUUGGGUUUGCUGGUUUUGAUAGCAGAGGGGAGGCUGCAGGUGUGGUUUCUGUGAGAGGCUGCUGGAAGCUUCCUCCAUGUCCAGCAGAGCCAAUCCCUGGUGGCUCCAAUACAGAUGUGCCGCUGGCCAAGGCUGGGCCAGUCAGAAACGGUGAUAACACUGCUGUGAUAACAGAUUUAAGAUGAAAGAAGAAAAAGUUACUAUGCAGAUGUAAUUGUGGCCAGAAAAGAGUAGGGUGAGAACACGUGAGAGGAACAACUCUGCUGACACCAAGGUCGGUGGAGAAGGAGGAAAAGGAGGUGCUCCAGGCACCAGAGAUGAGGUUCUGCUGCUGCCCCUGGUGCAAACCAUGGCGAGGCAGCUGUGCCCCUGCAGCCCAUGGAGGUCCAUGGGGAUGCAGAGAUCCACCUGCAGCUGGUGGAGGAGACCCACGCCGGAGCAGGUGGAUGGAAAAAGGAGUCUGUGAACCCAAGGGAGGCCCCAUGCUGGAGCAGCCUGUCCUUGAAGGACUUGUACCCUGUAAAAGAUGGACCUAGCUGCAGCAGUUUUGGGAGGACUGUGUGUCCAUGGGAUGGACUCACAUUGCAGCAGUUCGCUGAGAGCUGCUGCUCGUGAGAUGGACGCACGCUGGAGAAGCUCAUGGAGAACUGUUUCCCGUGGGUGGGACCCCACAGUGCAGCAGGGAAACACCUCCCCUCCCUGAGCAGCAGGAGAAGCCUGGGGUGAUGAACUGGCCAUAGUCCCCAUUCCCUGUCUCCUGUGCUGCUGGGGUAGGAGGCAGAGCUGGAAGGAAGGAGGGGUGGCAGGAAGCUGUUCUUAAGGGUUAUUUUACUUUUUCAUUAUCCUGCUCUGAUUUUGUCAGUAAUAAAUUCAGUUCAUAUCUCUAAGUUGAGAGUUUUGGCCCUGAUGGUUUUUGGUGAGUGAUGCCUCCCAGUCCUUAUCUCAACCCAUGAUCCUUCAUUAAAUUUUCUCUCUUCUGUCCAGCUGCAGAGGGGGGGGUGUGAGUGAGUGGCUUUGCUGGCUGCCUGGCCUGUGGCCAGCAUAAACCCACAACAGCAGGCCAAAAUCCCCUUGUAGUCAAAAUUAUUCCAAACUUGGGUGAUAAUUUUAGAAACCUUCCUAAGUUUUUUUCUUCAAAAUGGUGUUCUUUUUCUUCAGCUGGUGUAUGCUAGUCUGCUCACUUCACGAAUGACUUUAUUUUCUUCCUUUUCUGAAAUGUCAUCCUGUGAGACAAGCUGUCUUUCAGGUUUUUUUUGUAGCCAGUUUUUCCUUGAAUGGCAGGUUUGAUAGGGUAUCCUGUCACUUAACAUAAAUUAUUAAAUAUAAGUCAUUCUAGAUGGCAUAGUUGAAGAACAUUUGUACCUGUAGCUGCAUUUUACUUGCUGCAGCUGAUUUCCCUGUUCACGGUUGCUCUUGGAGAUGCUGUUACAUAUGAUUAGUCUGUAACAGUGCAGGCUUUGCAAAAUCUGUAAAUUUGCCAAAAUUGAGAAUUAAGACUGUUUUCCAAUCCAGAUAAAAUAUCAAAGUGAACUAGCCACACCUUCUACUCUAGCAUCAAGUUUCUGUUGUUAGGAGCUUUUUUUCUCUGAUGUAGAUGGAAAAAUCAUAUCUUUUUUGUAGUGUUUCUGCCAGUUCUCGGACUAUAUCCCUGCUGUCGCAGCUGGAGAAGAUAAAUUCGGACUCUGUGUUAGGAGAAUCAGACAGUGCCAGAUAUGUUACCUCAAAGAUCCUUCAUUUGGUCCAGAGUCAAGAAAAAACCAGAAAGGAGAUGACUUCUAAGGGCUCCACUGGAAUAGAAGUUAUCCUGUCAACCUUAGAGAAUACAAGAGAUUCUCAAACUAUUCUAAAUAUAUUGAAUAUUCUCAUUGAGAUAGUCUCAGUUGGUGGUGGUCGGAGAGCAAGUGUCUUAGUCGCCAAAGGAGGGACACAGAUCUUGUUACAGCUGCUUUUGACUGCCAGCAAAGACUCUCCACCAAAUGAAGAACUAAUGGUGCUUCUUCAUACACUUCUUGCAAAAAUUGGUCCAAAAGACAAGAAGAUUGGCAUGAAAGCAAGAAUAAAUGGUGUCCUAAACGUAUCAUUGAAUUUAGUGAAGCAUAAUUUGCAGAACCACAGGCUAGUAUUGCCAUGUCUUCAAGUAUUAAGAGUUUAUUCAACCAACUCUGUAAAUGCAGUAUCUCUGGGAAAGAAUGGAGUAGUAGAACUGAUGUUUAAGAUUAUUGGCCCUUUUAGUAAAAGGAACACUAGCCUUAUGAAGGUUGCUUUAGACACACUUGCUGCAUUGCUAAAAUCAAAAACAAAUGCCAGGAGAGCAGUAGACAGAGGAUAUGUGCAGGUGCUUAUAACGAUUUAUGUUGAUUGGCACCGUCACGAUAGUCGACAUAGAUACAUGCUGAUACGUAAAGGAGUGUUACAGUGCAUUAAAAGUGUUACAAACAUCAAACUGGGAAGAAAAGCAUUUAUUGAUGCCAAUGGGAUGAAAAUUCUUUACAACACUUCACAGGAGUGCCUUGCAGUAAGAACUCUUGAUCCUCUCGUCAAUACAUCCAGCCUAAUAAUGAGAAAAUGUUUUCCCAAAAAUCGUCUUCCUUUACCAACUAUUAAAAGUGCUUUCCAUUUCCAACUCCCAGUUAUUCCUGCCAGUGGUCCUGUGGCUCAGCUGUACAAUUUGCCUCCUGAUGUGGAUGAUGUAGUAGAUGAAAGUGAUGAUAACGAUGAUGCUGAAACAGAAUCAGAAAUUGAAACUGAAAUUGAUGAUGACAAGGACCAACAUUUUAAGAAUGAUGAUAUUGAGACAGAUAUUAAUAAACUGAAACCUAGACAGGAAUUGGGAAGACCCAUAGAAGAACUGAAAAUGUAUGAGCAAUUUUUCCCAGAACUUUCAGAAAACUUUCAGGAAUGGGACUUAGUUUCCAAGGAACCAAAGCCUUUUGUAUCUGAUGCAAAUUUGAGUGGACCUAUUGUUGUUCCUACAGCCAGUGAGGAGCACUCUGCUGAAGCAAACCCGUCAACAAAAGGAGUUGCUUUAAAGGACUGCAGUCCUUUAUUGACAGAGGAAUACAAUAGAAGGCCAGUGUUUCUGGAACUACCAAAGAAAGAUAACAUGAAAGGCAGUAGUUUACAUCAGCAAAAUGAUCAAAGAAACGUGCUUCCAUCAUGCCAGUGUCUAAGCCAAGAAAUUGUGAAAGGUUUGGACAGAAUCAGUCUCCAGAACAGUGCAAAAAAUGAACAAUAUUAUGGUACAGGGUGUGUAGUAGAGAAGGAAAACAAAGCUAGCAUUACCACACUUGCUGGUAGUAAACCCUGUGAGCAUGUUUCACCCUGUGGAGGUAGUCUCUUUGAAGGAUCAUCUGUCCAGCUGGGAAAACUCUGCUGCACUGGAGUGGAUUCAGAAGAGGAAGAGGAUUCCAGAUCUAGUUCAUCAGGAGAACAUGCCAUGCUUCAAGUUUCUGAUGUAUCACCAGUUCAUGACUGUGAUCUUUAUCUUGAAAUGGUGAAGAACACAAAGUCUAUUCCGGAAUACUCAGAAGUGGCCUAUCCAGAUUAUUUUGGCCAUAUUCCACCCCCAUUUAAGGAGCCUAUUCUGGAAAGGCGAUAUGGAGUGCAGAGGACAAAAAUCUGUCAAGAUAUUGAAAGGCUGAUUUAUCAAAAUGACAUUAUAGAUAGAGUUGUGUAUGACCUUGACAAUUCAAGUUGUUCUGUACCAGAGGAGGCAGAUGUUUUGAAGUUUAAUUCCAAAUUUGAAUCUGGAAACCUGCGCAAAGUUAUUCAGAUCAGAAAAAAUGAGUAUGAUCUAAUUCUGAACUCAGACAUAAAUAGCAAUCAUUAUCAUCAGUGGUUCUACUUUGAAGUCAGUGGAAUGAAAACUGGCACUGGUUACCGGUUUAACAUCAUCAACUGUGAAAAGUCAAACAGUCAGUUCAACUAUGGUAUGCAGCCCCUCAUGUAUUCUGUUCAGGAAGCACUACGUUUGCGACCGUGUUGGACUCGUGUUGGGACAGAUAUUUGUUACUACAAGAAUCACUUUUCAAGAAGUUCAAUUGCUGCUGGGGGCCAGAAAGGAAAAUCCUAUUACACAAUUACAUUCACAGUGACUUUCCAACACAAAGAUGAUGUGUGCUACUUUGCUUACCAUUAUCCAUAUACCUACUCAACUUUAAAGAUGCAUCUUAGGAAGCUGGAAUCUAUGCACAACCCUCAACAGAUAUAUUUUCGGCAUGACGUUCUCUGUAAGACCCUGGCUGGCAACAGCUGUCCAUUAGUCACUAUUACAGCCAUGCCAGAGUCCAAUUACUAUGAACAUAUCUGUCAGUUCAGGAAUCGUCCUUAUAUAUUCCUGUCUGCUCGUGUGCAUCCUGGAGAGACUAAUGCAAGCUGGGUUAUGAAGGGAACACUGGAAUACCUUAUGAGCAAUAGUCCAAAUGCACAGUCUUUACGGGAAACUUAUAUUUUCAAAAUUAUUCCCAUGCUCAAUCCAGAUGGUGUCAUCAAUGGAAACCACCGUUGCUCUUUAAGUGGAGAAGAUUUAAACAGACAGUGGCAAAAUCCAAAUCCAGAUCUGCAUCCCACUAUUUACCAUGCUAAAGGGUUACUGCAAUAUCUGGCUGCUAUAAAACGUUUGCCUUUGGUCUACUGUGAUUAUCAUGGUCAUUCUCGUAAAAAGAAUGUAUUUAUGUAUGGCUGCAGCAUCAAAGAGACAAUGUGGCAUACAAGUGUUAAUGCUGCCUCUUGUGACCUGAUGGAAGACCCUGCUUACAGGGCACUCCCCAAGAUCCUGAGUCAGACUGCCCCCGCAUUCUGCAUGGGCAGCUGCAGCUUUGUAGUGGAAAAGUCCAAGGAAUCUACAGCACGAGUUGUUGUCUGGAGAGAAAUAGGAGUACAAAGGAGCUACACAAUGGAAAGCACAUUAUGUGGAUGUGACCAGGGCAAGUAUAAAGGAUUGCAGAUAGGUACAAGAGAACUGGAGGAGAUGGGAGCAAAGUUCUGUGUUGGCUUGCUGCGUUUAAAAAGAAUGUCCUCACCUUUGGAAUACAACCUGCCUUCUAGUCUCUUGGAUAUUGAAAAUGAUCUGAUUGAGUCAAGCUGUAAAGUGACAAGCCCCACUACAUAUGUUUUGGAUGAAGAUGAGCCUCGCUUCCUUGAAGAAGUUGAUUACAGUGCAGAGAGUAAUGAUGAAGAUGUUGAAUUAGCUGAUAAUGCAGGUGAUGAUGAGGCAACUAAUCAAGAUGAUGGACUUUCAGACCCAGAUUCAACAAAGAUACUCCUUUCUUGAACCAGCUUUGCUGCCAGUAACAGAAAAUAAAGUAUCCUGGAUUUCUAGUCAUAUACUUCCUUGCUGUUUUCUAUAAAGGGGAUAAGCUUCAGUUAAGACAAAUAACUGGAGCCUGCAUAGCUCAAGGACAGUAAAUAUUCCAGAUAAAUUUGCAUUUGUUUUAUUUAAGUAGUUCUGUGUAUUCUUUAAGCCCUAAAUAGAUAAAUUUAUUUACCAGUAAUUUUCUACUAAAUAGUAGUGCAUGGCAUUUUGUGUCCUUAAACUCUAUCUUCAGAGAAAUGGAUUAUAAUUUUUAGUGUGUCAGAGUACAGAAAAUAAUUUUUCGUGGUACAGUUCUUUGAGUUGCUUCCUGAAAAAUAUAUAUGUACAGAUUUUCUAAAUUAAUUUGUGUAUGUCUGUGUAUAUGCGCGUGUGUAUACUGAGGUGAAGAGGUUAUUUUUUGACAUUAUUUCAAUGAUACUUGAUUGUGUUUGAAGCAAUGCAGUGCCUGCUCUGAAACAAUUCAAUAAUUACUAAAUUAAAAAUGAGAACAUGACAUACAAAUUUUUGCACUUGUUUUUUGCUUCUUAUGAUUAUGUGGUUUUGCCACAGUAUUAAGUGAAAAUUGUUACUAAUGUCUGUUCAGAGUUCAGGAAUUUUGCACAGUGACCAAUGCAGCCUGUGCUUAGAAGAACUAGACUCUUGUAUUAAACUCACCCAUAAUUAAUUUGAAGAAGUUUUCUUGUUAAGUGUACUUGUCUACAGGAAGAGGUCAGGUAUGUUCACUCUAUGUAUAUUCAGCUACACAGCUGCUCCAUUUUUCUUCUUGAAUAUGCACGUAGUUAAAAACUGUUCACUUUACCGGAGGCACAUUAACUAUAUACCCAAUUGAACUGCUUUAAGGGGGAUAGUGCAUUUCGGUUUAAACCUUUUUGCCUGAUUGCAACUUAGUGCUAACUCUUCUCUGAUAAUGAGAUUGGACUGUAACUUCCUGAGGUCUGUUCCAGGCUGAAUAAUUAUUCUUUGGUUUUGUAUUCUUCAUGUUUAAAGUCAAGCUGUCAGGUAUGGGAUUUACACUUCUUCAUCUUCUCCUAUCACUUUCUAAUUCUUAUUGCCUCUUGCCUCUGCUUAAAAUAAGAUCUUACAGAGAAAUGAAGAGAAUUGUGUAGUCUGUGGUUUACAGAAUUGACAUCUUUUGCAAUGAAAAACACUUCUCAAAAAUUCUUUUUACUUGAUGUGACCCAGUUGUGGCAUUUAUUUUCUUCUGUAUGUGCAAGGGCUUCAAGAACAUGAAGAAUAACAUUUCUAACUUAUAUCACAUAUUUAACUGAUGAGGAUUUCGUCUAUGUUUGUUGUUCCAAAUAAAACAUUUCGGAGAGGAAGGGAGGGCAUCUUCAGUAGAGGGAUUAAAAAAGAAUAACAUUUAUGAGAAUCAACUGUGUCAGUGUUUUUCAGCCAGGAGUUAGAUUUGCAUCACGAUCUGUUCUUUCAAAUUCAGCAUUGUUUGGUAAUGCCUCUCCAUACUAUUCUGAUUCUGAAACGGGGGAAGGGGUUUUUGAUCCCUUGUUAUAUGUGACUGUAUUUUUGUUUAAAGGCUUAAAUUUAUAUUAAUAAGCAUAUGGAGAGAGGUGGGGAUGGAAAACAUGGAAAAGUUGGAAACAUUUAGAGUCUUGUUCCUGUAUAAGUUUUUCUGUAGGGAAAGUUAUCUUUCCUUGUGUUCUGUGAACUACAUACUGUAAAUAAGAAAAUUUAUUUAUUACCCUGUUGAAGAGGAGCCCUUUGCAUUGAAAGUAGAGGAAUUUGGGAACCCAUCAAAUGGAAGAAUUUACCUUGCCACAGAAUUUGUAUUACUUUUCUGUCCAAUGGCAGCAGUUCAGAAUGGUCAUAUUGCCCUGUCAGUCUUAUACUAGUUAUCUGCAUAAAUAGAUUUUCAUCCUUAAGGGCUCCUACUUCAGUGGGAGUAGUAUUCCUAAAUAAAAUUUUUCAUGAACAAUUUCACUUAAAUUUCAGAGAAGGCAGGAUGCCACAAGUUUGUUAACUGCAUUGUGCAUGUCUUCUUAAGUUUCAUUUGAAUUUGUAUUAAACUUGGGAAACUAUUUUUAUACUACUGGCAAGACUAGAAAUAUACUUCAUCCAUUUAGAAAGAAUUGUGGCUUAGUAGUACAAAAUUGUCUUUUCCUCCAGAGUACGUAUGUAUAUUGGUUCUUUUCAUGACUCCUACAGCUUUUAAUCUGUGCAAAAUAAGAGUUAUCAGCUAUAUAAUGUCUCAGGAUAACAUGUUUAUACAUUAGAUUGUAAUGCAGUUAUGCAUUAGAUGUCACUUAGGUGUUACAUGUCACUCUGGCAUCUGUUGGUCUGAGCUUCUGCCAGUGUAAUUCUAAUGCGAGAGGUGAAACUUUGUCCCUAUCUUACACAUUGUUGAAAAUGCAAAGGUAGUUACGUCAAACAUUUUCCAGUACUUGCCUUUUGAAAGGUAGUCUCUGUUCAUGCUCACGGGGAUGCCAGUUCAUGGGAAGAACUGAUGCAGUGAGAACUGCUCCUUCUCCAAUACCUGUUGCCAUUGUUGCAGUGGUGUUGACAGACAUGCUGGUGCCCCCAUUUAUGUGUUUUGGUGGGAAGUCUGGUGUUUGGCUGAAAAAGGAACAGCUAACACUUAAGCACACAUUCCAUUCUAUUACUGUGGCAUUUGCCCUGAAGAAACGGGCAGAAUGAUAGCAAAGAAUGGCAGCAUCUUGGACUGUCACAAAUCAGUCAUCGAGCAUGGUCUGUCCCAGACAAUUGACUGGCUUUAUUCUAUGCAUUGGCAUUUCAAUGUGGCUUUGGUUUUAAAUGAUGGUGUUUGCUAUAAGCAUGACUGGUUCUGUAUAGGCAAAGAAGAUGUCUCUGGACCUUCCUCCCGUAAUAUAACAACAAAUAAGACUAUAAAAAAUAAUUACAUCUGUUUUAUUUACUGUCUUGCUUCUAAGUAAUUGCUGGACGAUGAAUUACUCUAUUCCCUUUCCAGAAAUAAUUCAAGUUGCAUCACAAAUUUUGGUACUGUGUCUUCACUGGUGGCAUCCCCUGGUGUAAUAUAACUUAAAGCAAUUUGUGCCAAAAUCUUGCCUGGUCAUUUUUCAAGGUGGAUAUCUUUAUCAGCCUGGCUUACCAGGGAGUUUGGUUUGAAUCUCAAAUAAGACUGCAGAAGCAGUAAACAUUGUUCACAAAGUGCAAAAAUACAAGGUUUCAGAUAAUUUCUGUUGUAAUGCUGUGAUAUAUAUAAUUGUUGCAGUGUUAGUGUGCAUGCCCCAAAUACCAAUACUUACUAAUAAAAAUGCAUAAUAAAGGAUUACUUACAAUC